GCCUCAAAUUGGAGAACUUCAUAAUCUUGAGGUGCUUGAUCUUGAUGAAACUCAAAUUUUGUUUCUGCCAAGGAGAUUGAAAAUUUUUCCAACUUAAAUUUUUUGAGAGUGUCCUUUUAUGGAUAUAUGAACUGUGGAAAGAGAUUGCAACAAAAUCCUCUGAUUCGUCCAGGGACAAUAUCAGCUCUCUCUCAGUUGACUACAUUAAGCAUUGAUGUCAAUCCAGAUGAUGAGCGUUGGAAUGCAGUUGUUGAAGCAGUUGUAGAGGAAGCCUGCAGCUUGAAAAGGUUGGAGAGUCUAAUUUUGUACCUUUCUAAUAUUGAGAGCUGGGAAAACUCAGAAUGGGCAACGCAUCACUGAGUUAUUAUCCCUUGCUCAGGUUCAGGUUUAUUGUUGGCCAGCAUAGACAACGCAGCAUCUCAGGAGUACCAGAAGAAGCUAAUUGUCAAUUUCAAAAGUUGGACAAAUGCUUGAAGUUUGUUAAGGGAAAGGAUAUCCCAAGUGAAAUGAAAACGGUACUUAAUUGUACAGAAGCAUUCUACUUGGACCGUCAUGUCACUGCUAGAAGUUAGUGUGAUUUUGGGAUUGAGAAUAUGCGGAAGCUAAAGUUUUGCUUAUUGGUGGAAUUUAAUGAAAUCCAAACCAUUGUAAGUGGCGUGGAGUCUAACAAAGAACACACUGAUAUAUUGGAAUAUGGUUCAAACAGUUCUGAAUCUGGAGGUGGGUCAACAACUCUUCAGCGUGAAACCCAAACCCUUACAAGGGACACAGAGUCUGAUGAAGAACAAGAUGAUACGUUAGAAGAUGAUACAAACAAUUCUGAAUGUGGAGAUUGGUCAAAUUUUGCUCAACAAGCAGCGCUUUUGAAUCUACAGUACUUGCAUAUCUAUUGCCUGAAGAACUUGGUGAACAUUUGGAGAACCCAGACCAAUGAUAAGCAGUGUCUAUCUUGCUUGAAGUUCCUUAAACUUCAUAUGUGCCCCAAAUUGAGUGUCAUUUUCCAUCCCGCUUUGCUUGCUAAUCUUGGCAUGCUGGAAGUGCUUACUGUAAAAAACUGCCCUGAAGUGACCAGUGUAGUAAGCCUAACGACCAAUGAACUUGUUGAUCCUCUAGUACACUAUCUUCCUAGCUUGAGAAGGAUGUCACUACUUUACCUACCAAAACUGGCCAGCAUUUCUAGCGGAGUUCAGAUCGCACCAAAACUAGAAAAAACAGGUUUUUGCAGUUGUCCAAAGCUUCAGAGUCUUUCUACAAAGGAAAUCUCAAGUGGAGAAUUGGAAGUGAUCAGAGGAGAAAGUAAGUGGUGGGAAGCAUUGAAGUGGAACAAAUCGGAGUGGGGUAAUCAACUUGAUUACCUCCAGAGCAUUUUUGCCCAAUUACAAGGGAGAAAGAUGUGAUGACACAAAUGGAAGAGAGGGUCCUGGACAAUAUUAUGAAUCUAGGAACCAGCAUACCAGAUGCAAAGACAUCUUACAGUGCAUAUUACUCAGAUUCUAAUUAAGUGAAGUGACAGAGGCAGUGCUGAGAUUUAAGCCUCCAAGUCGGCUGCAAGUUUGUUCUGAAAAGCUUGUGUGGCAUGUCUUAGGAAUUUAUGUGAUAUAGAAUUGCUAAUCUAUAUAUCAGACAUAUUUCUAAUAGAUGUUUCUUAAUAUG